AAGAUCAUGAUCUAUAUCUAAAAUCUAUAUCAAUCUCGAAAUGGCUAGCCUUCUAACUCGUCACUUCCUGUGGUUUCCCCGUCCUCAGUUUCACUUCCUGAAAUGGUGGACAAGGAAAACUAUGAGAUAAACUCAAGAUGCCCGAAGUGCUGCCCGAAGUGCCAAUUCUUCGCACAUUUGACUCACCAACUGGUAGAAGAGCUCACCAACUUGGUAGCACCAUGGCCAUUUGCUCAGUGGGGCUUGAUCUCUUAGGCCCAUUCGUGAAAGGGGUUGGAGGCAUAACCCAUCUAAUCGUUGAUGUUGAUUAUUUUAUGAAAUGGGUUGAAGCUUGGCCAUUAUCCACUCUUACUUCCAGAAAGGUCGAAGACUUUGUUUUCAGCUCGAUUAUCUACAGAUAUGGAAUCCCAAAUCAGAUUGUAGUUGAGAAUGAAGAAGCACAACUUCGAACCCUAGUAUACAAGCAGAAAUUAGCCAACUUCUACAACAAACGAGUCCACCCUCGAACAUUCAAAGUAGGAGACCUUGUUCUCAGAAAUGAUGGUUUAACAGGGUUUGAAACUCGUUUUGGCAAACUAGCCCCGAAUUGGGAAAGCCCUUACACAGUGGUCGAAGUGCCACACCCUAGUGCCUAUAUCUUUCAAGACGUUGAACGGAAGCCAGUUCCUAGAGUCUAGAAUAUCAAUAACUUGAAGAAAUUUUACCCUUAAUAAACUUCUUUUAAGUGACCUUCGUCUUAUUCUUCUUUAUAAUUAUUACUUCUCCAUUUUUGAAAUUCAUUUCAUCUCUUAUUUUGUAUAUCCGAGGCCAAUCUGUUUGAAAUUUAUUCCUUGGACUUCAUUUUUAUUAAUGAAUUUCAGUUCAUAUU